AUGUCGAACCUAGGUGGACGUGAGGCGUCAGCCUCCAUCAGCAGGCAUCAAGUAAAGCGCUCCAUUAGCGAAAUCGCAGCGCCGAUUCUGCCAAGGAGUGGCCACUCACGGCAUCAGUCGCACCUCUCCCAACACCUGCGAAAGGAACGAUACAAUGACCAGUCGGCCCAGCCUGGAUAUCAGAUGCCAGCACGAUACUCCCUCGACGUUUCGCGACCAGAUGUGCUCUCACACAGUCGCCACCCCAGCACCAUGGGCGUGGCGAAGGACGAGAACAGGAGCAGAACAAGCAUUAUCGAGGCUGAACGCAAAGCCAGCAAGCAGGACCUUCUCCGCCAGGAGCGCGAGAAGGCAAAGUCCAGGGCAGAUGGCCUGAAACAGUCGCUCGUCCAACUCCACACGUUCUCGACGACGGCAACGAGACGCCUCGACCAGACAUAUUACGCCAUCUUGGAAAAAACGAGUGCGUUGCAGGGCACAGUGGCAGCCCUCAAGGAUCUCACGGAAAGUUCUAGGGAAAUCUAUACAACAUUUGAGAAGGACUCUAAGGGUCUGGAAACGGAUAUUACCAGCCAACUGGAUGCACUUGGUCAUUUCGAUGAGCAACAGUCCAAGAUCGAGUCACUACGAGACCGUAUUCAUGAAGGCAGAGCAAAGGUCCAGGCUCUCAGCGCCCGCGUCGAUUCUGUCAGAGAGCGUGUCGAAGGUUGGGAGCGAGCGGAUCAAGAAUGGCGAGACAGGACUCGAAAACGACUCAGAGUGGUCUGGACUGCCAUUUUUCUUCUGCUUGUUAUCAUCGUCGGAUUGUUUAUGAUGUUGAAUCCUGGACGCUCUUUGCCUUCACAGUCUCCCGAGGAUAUAUUAGACUCGCUGAGGGACGCACCAUUGAUGGACACGCCACUGAGGGACACAUCACCGAACAUCCCUGAACUAGAUCAUGUACCACUGGCAGAUGUGGGCGGAGUUUCUCCCGUAAGCGACCGUACAUUAAACUUUACGGACAUGUCCUUGGUUUGGGCACGGCCUGCGGAGACUGAAGAUCGACUUCGAGAGUUUGACGAGCUGUGA